AUGACAGAAGACAAUUGUUUCGUUUAUGCUUGCAUUCAGGCUGGAGUAGAUGAAGAAACUAUUGACCACAUGAGAGAAGUCAUUCGUGUUAAAGACUUUCCCCAAAGUAAAGUACAAGAAAUUUCCGAUUCAACAGGUAUAGCAUUUAAUGUUACCAUUGGUUAUUUCAAUGACUCAAGACAUAAUGAAAUAAAGAGAUAUAUACCAAAAGAAUGCGAAACUGUUAGAACUAUUGACUUACUUCUUGUUGAAGACCACUACAUGCUAAAUGAAAGAUUACCAAUGACAACAUAUUUCAUUCGAAACUAUAAAGAAAUUCUCAAAGCUUGUGGUGGAAUGAACAUUGAGAAACAGAUGAAGAUUUAUACAAAGAGAGAAGAUAAAUAUGUAGUUCGUUAUGAUAGAACAACACCGCUAUGGGAUGUUAUGAAAACAUUGUGGGAGUGCAAAUAUUUCGAACCUAUUUCUUAUGGAGAACUUUUCACAUAUACGACUGACUUAUAUAAACAGAACCUUGCACCAUUUAAAGAUUUGACAUAUGCUCCAAAGUAUUGUGUACAACUGAAGAAGAAAGCAGAGUCAAAAGAAGUAAAUAAAGCUAAAUGUAAAUUCAUUCCUGAGCACGUUUUCUUUGCUGACUUUGAGUGUAGCACAGACGGCUUUCAUAAAGCGUUUAACAUAUGUUAUGACAGUGAAGAUGGUUCAGUGAGUCAAAGCAUUUGGGGUCAAAACUGUGCAACAGAAUUUUUGGAACGACUUCCUGACAAGAGUUUAAUAUAUUUCCAUAACCUCAGCUAUGACAUAAACUUUAUCUUAAGACACAUGACAGAAGUGAAAGGAACUUCCAUCAUUAAAGGUUCACGAACAAUGCAAAUAACUG